AGAUAUGCCUAUACGAGCCUCAAAUGCUAGACGUGAAUACGCUGAUCAGUAAAAGUCAAGAAUAAGAUAAUUCAGUUUUUCACAAACGUUCAAUAUGAUCUGACUAGUAUUAUAGGCCUUAUAUGUGCAUUUUCAUCUCAUCUUAUCACGUGAUCUCGUUCAUGCUCUCAUGUCUCUAGUCUCUAGCAUCUCAGCAAUAUCGUCUUGUACACAAAUCUCUGGACAUGAGUAAUAUUACGUGCCUGUGGGUAUAGGAUUCUCGAUGAGAGUGGCGCCAUUUUGUGAUGGGCGUGCAUGCACACAGUCGGCCGACAGAACAUUCAUCUGACAAGUGGUUUUCACGUGAAGUAUCUAAGCAUACCUCGGGUCUCACACCAAGAUCCCUUUAUCGGCUUCUAUGUAGACUUACUGCACUUCAGAGUACAUGAAAUGCCAGCCAAGCCAUCACCCGAAGACACCAAACUAAUGUUCGAUGUGGCCAAGAGGAUAGAAGCUACCAACGAUGGGCUCAGUGACUUCAGGAACGUUUGCCGCGAUCAGAAACACAUUAGGGCUUUUGACUACCAAAAGAAAAGGGCAUUCGACAUCAUCCAAGAGCUCAAGAGGAAGAUGAUAGUACAACCGGGCAAGUUUGACAAGUUUGUGGAGAUACUUGAAAUCAUCGGAAGGGCAGAUGUCAUCAAGAUGCUUCCAGGUUAUGAAGACUAUGAAUCAAUGAAAGGAGUGAAUAAUAAUCAAGUUAAUAAGGACACCAUGAUGUCUACACCGCGGAGGAAUGAAACCAGCUUAGACGGCUCUUUACCAUCUUCCGAUUCUCCAAGUGAUACAGGUAGGGUGACGGAUAUAGAACUCUUAAACCUCUCGGAUAACAUCUCACCAGAUUGUGUUCGUCGCCUUGGUAUAUUCCUUGGUAUACCUCUUCCAAAGAUUGAAACGAUAAUGGAACAUGGAGAAACUCUUGAUUUGCUAUUCCAUUGGAGAAAAGAUGUACCAGAACGAGAACAACGGCAAAAACUUCACCAAGCAUUGAAAGAGGCACAUCUGGUGAAUGCCUUUGUACAUGGUUUAGGAGACGGAAACAAUUCAUCACCUGAAGAUAAAAGUCCUCUCAGCAGAUCUUCCAUUAUUUCAGACAAGAUUCUCAGUGGGUUAGCUGGGAGAAUGGGUGAAAGAUGGUCCCACUUCGGCAUUCAACAUCUAGGCAUGUCAAAGAAUGACAUUGAUCGUUUUAAAAACAGAAGAUCAUGCAUGGAUGACGAAAUAUUCGCCAUGUUACAUGAGUGGCGUCAACGUAAUGGUAAAGAUGCAACGAUCGGGAAACUACUAGAUUUAAUGAAAUCGAGUCCUUACUGCUCACCGGACACCAGUGACUUUAUUCUAGAACAACUACCGAUCGAUGUACCCGGGGAUCUUCCUCAGUGAGGAUUGCAAAGGACAGCGACCUACAAUGUUGGACCGACUAGAGACAAAUACCAUGGUGAUCAGUGAAUGUUCAACAAUUCCAGGAUGAUUGCUUGUGAAACCUUAUAUCUGAACGUGACAGUUACUAUUAUUAUUCAUUUUUUAAUUAUUAAUUUGUUUUCAAAUGUGCUGUAUUUAAUUGCAAAGUGAAACCAACAUUUCAUUUGCGAUCAAAUAUAUUUUGGAGCCUGAAAUCGUCCAGUUCAUUCAUCGGAAAUCCACAUUCGGCAUGUUAUAUAUUAUUUUGCGUGUAUUCAAUUUCAUUUUCAUUGAGAAAUACCACGCAUUAUGCGAACAUUGGAACGGGAACUGUUUAGCUCAUUCUCAUUCUUUGUACAAUCUUGCCACUUAUGAUAUUGAAAUAUGUAUUUCAUGUAUUAAUUUAUUUUCUAUUUCUAUACAAUUAUUUUUGAAGGUGGAUUUGUAUUCAUUAUUCAGAUAUAUAAUGAAGUUAUUUAGUUGAAUGUGUGAUUCAUUGAAGUUCAACACCGCGGUGAGAAGAUAAAGUUUAGACCUGGCUAAUAAACUUGUCAAUAUUUAGUAAAUUAUAAGAGCAUGGGUGGCGAUCUAAGGAGGGGGGGGGGGGAGAUGGGUCUCGAAUUUAGAAUUUCGUACAGCAAUCUAUGCUUGGAGAUGUUUGUGUCGCACAUGCACCGAUCACCAUCCCCGACCCCCCCCCCCCGAAAUCGCCGCGAGUGUUUUGUUCUGAGCAAGUUUGAGAUAAUUUUUGUGAAUUAUUAUAUUUAAAAAAAUCAUGCAAAGAAGUCGUUGCAAAAAUCAACUGACGCAUCUGUCGUGAAUUGUGACAACACAAUAUUGUUGUAGUCACCCACCAAUAUAUGCUUAAAGGUCAAGUCCACCCCAGAAAAAUGUUGAUUUGAAUAAAUAGAGAAAAAUCAAACUAGUAUAACGCUUAAAAUUUCAUCAAAAUCGGAUGUAAAAUAAGAAAGUUAAGACAUUUUAAAGCUUUGCUUAUUUAUUGAUAUAAUAUAAUAUAUAGGGUAUUUAUAUUGCGCACAUAUCCACCUUAUUAGGUGCUCAAGGCGCGCUCCUAUAUUACCCGGCUAAGCUAGGCGUUCAUAGCGCACACAGUUUUUUAAGGAAUUACUUCCUAGCGGUAACCAUUUACCUCACCUGAGUUGAGUGCAGCACAGUGUGGAUCAGUUUCUUGCUGAAGGAAAUUGCGCCAUUGCUGGGAUUCGAAUCCACGACCCUCUCUUUUUAUUGAAAUCAAAUUUUUGUUGGGGUGGACUUGUCCUUUAACAAAACAAAGUGUCUAGUGGUUUUGAAAACUUUUAUAUUAAUCGAGUGUCGUGUACAGCUAUAUCCAUGACUAUUCUCGAGUGCCCCAUUUUCGUUUGAAAUGUGACUGUGCGAUCUAUAUUUUAACUUUGUAUAUACAUUUCUUUAAAAAAUAACAAAUCAAAAUGUAAAUCUUUGACUUCUACAUUUCAAUGUCAUUUUAAUAAUUCAAUAUAAUGAUGCCAAAAAUGUAGGUCUGUAUUAAAGUAUUGUUAAACGUCCCAAUCUAUAAACUCGAUCUACGUACAUAUUUGACAUAUCUUUUUAUUCUAAUUGAGCUAUAUUGAUCGAUUUGGUAAAGGUAAAUCAUAGUGAUGAAUUUUUUUAAGUGUAUCAAUCAGUCUGUAUUGUUUUUUUGUUCCGUAGAUCUCAGAAUGAUAAAUGAUAAAUUUGAUCGAAAAGUCACAACGUGCGUUUAUAUGAACGAAAUAAACUUGCGUUUUAUCAUCUUCAAGAAAAUUGUGAAUGCACUAUCUCGCCAAAAUAUAUUGGCACCCCGAUGAGGUUUUGUGAAUAAAAAGCUAAAACGAGUGGGGUUAAGAACUUGAGAGACAAUCAUUUUACCGGCAAUAAAAGAUGUUUCUCAAGCUCUUAUUCAAUUCAGGAUUUGCUGACGGCCAGAUAGUUUCGUAUUUGAAAUUUUCAUUGCAAAGACAGAGGGGGAGAAAACUUGACCUACAUACAUCAUUAUAGUCCACCAUGAAGUACUUUACAUGUGUUAAAUUAAUGGUGUUAGUACAUGUUCUCUUGUUAAAUGGACAUUAAUUGAUGCUCUAUUCGAAUUCCUUUUGGUACAUAACACUAUUGAUUUCACAGUUUAUAUGUAUAGCCAUAUGUAAUUAUUAUAAUAAAUUUAUGCUUAAUACACAUUACAUACAUUAUCAUUCCAUUCCACCUAAAUAUGGAUGUGUAAGGUAGUGAUUUGUCUCCGUUGAUUUGGACAAUGAAAUUAUUUGCAUGACUCCGAAAUCCGUCAAUAAAUAUAAAGUAAGCCGUCAUUAGUCCAUGCAGGUUGUAUGUGUUUAUUCACAAAUGAAAUCAUUAAAUGUUAUUCAAUGUUCUGAAACUAUUCUUACAGAGUACUAAAAUAAAAUAUAUACAGUACCAAACUAAACUGCCUUCUGUUGUUUUUAAUUAAAAUCUUUUAAACGACCUAAUAAAGUCUCAAGCACAAGA